AUGAGCACACUUGAAGACAUUGAAUUGAACGGUAGCAGCGUUGAUAAAGUGAAAAUUAGUGAGCAAAAAGAAGAUAUCAAUGAAAUUGAACCGACGGUUGAAGAGUUGGCAACAUUGGAACAUGUUUCUGAACGGAUACCACUCGGAGCCUGGCUGAUUGUCUGCUGCGAAUUGUGCGAACGUUUCGCAUUUUAUGGACUUGCUGCUCCCUUUCAGAAUUAUAUUCAAUAUCCUAUACCUGGUCCAGGUGAUAAACAACCGGGUGCCCUUAAUCGUGGACAAAGGACGGCCACCUCGGUAACAACAUUCUUUCAAUUUUUCGCUUAUCUCACACCGAUCGCUGGUGCCAUUCUAGCCGAUCAAUAUUGGGGAAAAUACAAGACGAUUCUUUUAGCUUGUGUAGUCUAUAUGGUCGGUCUUCUCGUUCUGGUUGUAACUAGUAUACCACCCUCCAUUAAUGCCGGUGUCGCCUUUCCCGGUUUGAUCGUAGCGAUAAUCAUAAUAAGUUUCGGUACUGGUGGUGUCAAGAGUAAUGUAAGCCCACUGAUGGCUGAACAAUAUACUAGAACAAAGCCAAUUGUUAGAGGUAACCAAAAAAUUCUUUCUAGUACAAAAUCAAACGUAUUAUCUCUUUGUAGUUAUCGGAGGCAAAAAGAAGAUUAUCGACCCGAAAAUGUGAGUUCGUUGAGUAUUUAUCUUGUUAUUGAUCGGAUUGUAUUGCCCGUGUUUUAG